AUGACUAAUGAACAACUACUAGUCAACAGUGAAGCAUGUGACGUUCUAAGAUUUUUUGAAGGAGAAAUCAAACGGUGUUGGCAACCCAAAAAGGUGCCUCGAAAGAAACACUCAAGAAAUGCAGCGUUGCAUCCAGAUUUCUAUGAUAAAGUGAAUUUAUGGAAGGAAUUAUUAAAGAAUGAAGUUGCAGCUGAUGUUCAGGAAGUUCGAGAUUUGCUAAUAAAUCCACUUGCUGACGACUUGGAAAGACUUAGCCAAAUUUCGGGUCCAUUUAAACUACGAACCAAUUGUUUGCAUGCUUUACAUGGACGGAUUUUAGUACUCAUCCAUGAGAAAUCAGAUAUUCAUAAAACCAUGGCAAGAAUGUCUCUACGUCCAGGUGCUCCAGUAAUGCUGUGUAAAUUUCCAAAUCUAGUUAGUAUCAGCGAUUGUAUUGUAAUUUCAUGUUCUGAAGUUGAAGUUGUUCUGAAAGCAAAAACAACUGACUUGGAUAUCAGUAUUUCCGACCAAUUGGUAGUGGUACCUUCCUCAGGCUUGGGAUAUCUAACGGCUUUAAAUGAGUUUCUGUGUUCACAAAUGGAGUUGUGCAUAAAUCAAAGUUCUAUCACACAUUAUUUUCUUAAUCAUGAAGCAUCAGGAAACCAGAAGUAUUACCAAGCUUGCAAGGAAAAUCCAGUUAUCUUAUAA